AUGUGCAGGAGGGCGAAAAGCCAAAGAAGGCAGUCAUCAAACGCCUCUACGACUCCACUUCCGGGCAGAAGUACCAGUUCGACUACGUGGAGCUGUACAAAUCUAUGUGGAAGAAGAUCCCCUAUGACUUCAAGAUCUCUGGCAAUUCUUGGACUAGUUGUGGACUGUGAGGAAUCCGCGGUCAACUAUGACAUCUAUAUGGUUGUCUCCAAGCCGUGGUCGCUCUCUGGGUUCAUCGGCUCGGAUGCGACCUUUCUCAGAGAAGCAGCCGGUGAGGCCGAGGCAAACAUCACCCAUCUACACAAGGCAUUGAGCAAUCUUGACAGUCGUCUGGCCCAGCUGGCGUACGCCAGCAACAACGCCCACUUGAACACUUACAUCCAGUCCGAGGUGGAUGAGUCAAUCCCCACAUUUCUGGCAGCGGCAGAGAAAAUUCGUCCGGACGCCUGCUUGGAAGCUGCCAGCAAAUUGCAAGAGAAGCUGUUCCAGAACCCGGCCAUCAAAUUCUGCCACGGAAAGGACUUGACCAUCUACUUUACAAUGAAGCCUUCGAGGAAUAUCGAGGACAAGGUGAAGUUCCGAUGCGUUGCUGGUUCAGAGGGCCGCUACUUGGGUAUGCGUGACCCAACGCAGAAGGACGGAUACCUGCCGCUCAAG